AUGUCGGAAAGUAGCUCCGGAGUAAUAUUCAUUAAUCCUAUGCAAAGCGAUAUUAUAAAGCAUAGUAAUGGAAGCAUAACAUUUAAUGGUAAGGACGAAACAGAUUUAGCUCCUUCAAGGCACCGUCCAACGAAAAAGUACCAACAGACUGAGUCGCAAAGAGUAAAUCCUACCCAAGUCGAAAUUAUGAGACAUAGCAAUGGAACUAUAACACCUAAUGAUAGUCAUUAUUCAGACGAAACAGAUGUAGCUGCUUCCAGAGAGCCUUCAACUAAAAAGCAUCACCAAAGUGAGCCGCAAAGGGUUCAUAUAAUAUGGGAUCUUUUCGCUGCUGCGUCGGUUUUGACUUUCCUCGCUGACAUUUCUUCAGAUAUAGCGGUGUCUGUUCUUUAUUUCAUCGACGGUUCUUAUUUAUGGUUUUCCUUGACAAUAGGAUUUGUUAUUUUGUCGUCGGUUGUUAUGCAAGUUUUUUCUGCGAAGUGGUUUUACGAAGACGAUGAAGACCUGACUUGGGGAACAUAUUUAUUGCAUAUUUUUCAGUUGGGUCCUCUUAUGAGGUGAGCAUAAGUUUCUAAUGCACGGGAAAUUGUUAAAAUAUUUAUAGAGUCUGGAUCAUUCUUGGUAAGAAAAAGACAAGGAGAAAUAAUUUUCAUUGUGCUUUACUUUUUUUGUAUAUAUAGUAUACUUUUUGCAGGAGAAACGGGUUAUCAGUUAAAACCAGAAUUUCCUUACUGAAAAUGUUGUUUCCUCGAUCACUGAAAAUGAUUUGGGACAGGAAACAAAGGAAAUUCUGAAUUCAAAAUAGCUUGGACACUGGUUUAACCUGAAAGUGGAUUUCAACAGAUUACGGUAAUAUCAUGGGUGAUGAAUUUCUUUCAAAACUUCAGAGUUAAUUGCAAAUUUCACACGUGAAAUUUCAAAAUUGUCAUGGCAACCUUCCAUAUGUCUCAGUGCCCGAGAAAAAGGUUUUUAAAAUGUUGUGAAUGAAGAUGUCAGGGCAUUAAAAGAUUCUGUAGAAAAGCUAAGCACAUGAGCACAUCAAGAAGGAUUCUAACAGGUUUUUUGCCCCUUACCCUUUUUUAUACCAUUUUUCACGAAAAAGGUAACACUUAUUUAUUAUUACCUUCUAUUGACAAAUGGUACCCCUUUCACAUACCUUGUUUAGAACCUUUCACUCUGUUUUAAAUAGGAAUCAAUUGAUUGAUUCCUAUUUUUGUGAACAAAAAUAGCUUUUUUUUUUCGACUUUAUAAAGCCCUAUAAUUCUUCUGUUAGCCCUUUGGGACCUUUCACAGACCCAAAUGACAGAUUUCCCUACCCUUUCAUAUACCUGAGGCCUGGAAAAAGAUAGCCCUUUGGGUCGGACCCUCCCCAUUUAGGCCAACUAGGGAGUAACCCCCACCUCCCCGGGGUUGGAAGAUGUAGCAUAAAGCAAAGUGCAAAGUGAAAACAGCACCUAAAACAAAACUAAGUGGCAACACUUAUUAGUCUCUACAUGUAUUUCAAAAAUCUUGUUUUUUUAGGUUUUGGCGUGUCAUAAAAGCUGGACAGCGUACUCGCCAAAAAAACUCAAAUGAUAGCGAUUAUGAGGCUUACCUAGCUGAAUGGAGAGACAUUUGCAUGUUGAGACUGUUUGAAUGCUUCUUAGAAUCAGCACCUCAACUGGUCCUUCAGCUUUAUAUCAUGGCUUACAACAGAAGAUUUGAGAUUGAAAGUGAUCUCUUCACAGCCCUUGCAGCUGGUAGCUCGUUAGUGUCACUUGGAUGGGCAAUUGUAGCAUAUACCAAAGCACUCAGAGAUUUCUUAGGAAAAGGAGAUGGUGGCAUGUCGUGGAUUGGUUUUUUUUUACAGAUUGUAUGGCGUAUGUCCAUGAUUGCAUCUCGCGUUGUGGCAUUGGUGUUGUUUGCCUCUUACUACACCAUCUGGUUGUUUGUUGCCAUGGCAGCACACUGGAUUAUGAUGACAUCUUGGCUUUUUUGUCAAAAGACUAGCUUUUGUAUGGACGAAUAUGGGAGGAAACAUUGUUGCCGAGAGUAUUUGUUUAACACAGUGAUUGGCUUUGUUUACAUCUUUUGUUUUUUCAAUAUCAAGGCAGGCAUGACACGCAUUCGCGUUAUCCCAUACUAUGUGAUCAUGCUAACUGAGAACACAGUGUUCAUUGUAAUGUGGUACCCAUAUAGAACACUUUAUGGUGAAAUUGAGACUGCCUCACUUAGCAUUGUUUGGGGUGGUUUUGCACUUGGUUGCAUUUGCAUGGUGUCCUAUUACCGCUUUUAUCAUCCAAGUAUCCCAGUGAAAGGAAUAUGUGUCCGACAAAGACAGCUGGAAAUGGAAAGUAACGAACCUGCCACAAUUUAUUGGUGGUGUUGUUGUGAAAUUCAAACCAAAUGUGCAAGUGGAGAAGAAAAUGAAAAUAGGUCUUCCUUUGCUUUUCGUGAAAGACCUUAUUAUGAUCCAAGAAGAAACACCCCAGCCUCUGCACAGGCACAUGGAAGGUUACCAAUGGAUGUUGAUAUUUUGCCACACAGAAAGCCAAGGGAAAGUGCAUUCAGUUCUUUGAGGAGUGCAGCAAAUCAGCCAGCAAGUAGUAAUGGCAUUGUUCAUGGCAUUCAGUCGAUGUACAGACGAUCUGAGUGGCUGUAGAAAUACAUGAAGUUAAUAUGUUAAGUUAAGUCUUAGGGGCCAAGUAUAUUUUAAAUUUAUUAUUUUUGCUUUUUAACAACCAUGCUUACACAUCUCUUAAUACAGUCAACCCUCUUUAUAGUGGACACUGCAGGGACCUUGUGUUAGUGUCCUCAUUAGUGAAUGUCUGGGAUAGGGGAGGUUUAUUUCAGUCAAACAUCUGUUAUUUGUUUUCACCUGGGAUUUAGCUUUGAACAGCUGUUCAUAUUAUUAGGAUGUCUGUUAUAGCAAGGGGUCCUCAAGGUCAGAGUUGACUGUAAUAACAGAAGCAUAAUGCAAAAAGUUUGUAUGGGAAAUAAAUUGUGAUAUAAAAAAGGACAUUUCACCCAGGUGAAAACUCAACAAAUUUAUUUUGUGUGAAUGCAUUUUCACACGUAAAAUAAUUAUAGUUUUUUAAGCCUAAGAAUGUAUCUGGACUUUCAGGAAAACUCCCUGAUCUGAAAUUUUAUCAUAUUUUGAAUUCAGUUGGUGUGAAAUUCUAUCAUAAUACAUUAUUUGAAUUGAAUUGGCAUGUAAUUCUAUUAUAUUUCAAAUUGAAUUGGCAUGAAAUUUGAUCACAUUUUGAACUCAAUUUUUUGGCCUGUGUUCAGGUAAUUAGUUCUUUCAAAGUAAUAUAAUGAUAUUGUUGACAACCUAUGAUAAAACAAACACUAGAAAUCAGCAAGAUACUAUUAGUAUUCUAGAGGAUUACCAUUUGCCACUUGCUACCCAGGACUAUUUCAGUUAUAGUUUCAAAGUUAUUUAUAUCAAUAAAUGGAUAGCAAACUGGAUGGAAUUUUUUUAAGCAUUCAUUACUGAAUGCAGUAUGUUAGUUGUUUAAAAUAUUGCGUUUUAAGUUAGCAUUAUUGAGCUGCACAAAUUUGCUUUAUUUAUAUGCAUUUUUGGGCAAAUGGCUUGGUCGAAUGAGGUUAUUGGUGUGUUGGAUUGUCAGGUGAAUAGUGAAUAAUUUCACUUGAGGAAUAUUUACAAAACUAUUUUUGAUAAUUUUGUAGAUAUUUUUUUUUAUUUAUACAAUACUGGUUUAUUCAUGAUGUUUAACAAUAAACAAAAGUGUAUAAAUAUACAAGAACAAGAAGAUAAGAAAAUAAAAAUAAAAUAGAUCAUAAAAAGGAAACAUGAGGUCUACACUAUAACCUUUUUACAAAAGGAUAAAAAUACUUAAAUAAUUAUUAUUACCUAUCACUAUUUACAUAUUUACAUAUUAAAAAAAGACGUUAACCUCCCUUUAAACAGUUAAAAAGAUUCUGCUUCACACAUACUGCAGUAAAUUAUUCCAUUCUUUCACUAUGCGAAUAAAGAAUGAAUAUUUUAUAGGGUGUUAAGCCUUGCAUUUUUCACGUCUAAUUUAAAAGAGUGGUUAGCUUGUGUCCUUUUAUCUAGAGUGAGUUAUUUAAGCCAAAAACACUUUUAUAGCAUUCUAAAGGUUAAAUGAAGUGUCUUGCUUCUCCAAGGUGGGCCAGCUCAAGUUUAGUAUUUAUUUUCUAGUAGAGGUAGAGAAAUUUAGAUUGUUCAGCAUUUGCACAUUGCACUGUCAAAGGAGAUCUCUGCAAAAAUGCCAUGCACAUGUAUGCCUUGUCGAUGAGGACAGGAAAAUAAUCUUUCAUGGUUUAGAAAAAGUUAGCGGACAGGUGUUUUCAAAUGGAAACAAAUGUUUGUUAGUGUACUAACAAAAUCAAGUGAAUAAAAUGAUUACUUGAAAAAAUAAGCCAAUAAAUGUUGCCACUUUAAUUGUACUAGUUGUGUCGAGUCAAAUUCAAAUUUGCAUCCAUGCAUGUGUAAUAAGCAGUGGAUUUCAGACUUAAACUUCUCAGUAUUUGGUACAAUACUGAAUGAUCUUUCAGAUUUAUGAUUGGAUAGCACUCCUAUGUAUCAGAAAUUACCUAUGAUAAAUUAGAUUAUUGUAUCAGACAAUAUUUCAAAUUCAAGAAGAAACUUAAGUUGGCAAAAUUUUUUAAAAUUACUUUGUUUGUUGAAUUCACUACUCAUUAUGCAUGCCAGAUACAGAUCAUGAAUCCCAUAUCAGCAACUGACUCGUCCAAUCGUCUUUGCAUGUAGCGUGCAUGGCAGGAGCAGGCGCGCCACUAGGGAGAAGUUGUAAAAGAUGACUGGGGACGAGUCAGUAUCAGUAACAACUACUUAGGGAGGUAGCCACCUGUACGCCAUAUGCACGUGUGUACCUGAAUGAAAACUAAAUAAAAUUUUAAAAAUGCUAAUACUUUGAUGGUUGAGUUGCACAUGUAAUUCUGCCUUGACUACUGCAAUAUGAUUUAUCAAGGCAAAAUACAGUGUUUUCCCUACGCGCAUAUACCCUAUAUGUAACUAGUGCCAGAGGAGAUGAUACUCUCACCCGCAUGGAAUUGAUUUUGGAAGAAGGAAAAAGGUUGUCCCUGGUAAUAGAUUAAUUACUGAGUAUGACCGUAAUAAAGUUGCAUAGAAACCACUCAAAUGACAACUAAUGAACUAGUGGAAGCAUCAGAAGCGUUUCAAAUAAGAUGACUAAUAAAUUCUUCAGGGUUAGUUAAUUAUCAGCAAAAUUAGAAUUAUUUAUUACUGUCUUUUCAAUUAUGGAUCGCCCCAUGUAAGGAAAUCCAAGACAGUCUUAGAUCCUGGAUUCCACACCGUGGAUUCCGAAUUCCAAUUACCGGGAUUCCAGUCUUUCUCAGUGGAGCUCAGAUUCCUUGAGCUGUAUUCUGGAUUCCAUAAGUAAAAUUAUACCGGAAUGCGGAUUCCCCUACAUGGGGCGAUCGGGAUUCCCAAUUGUUCAUUUGUGGUUAAGAAAUCGUAAUUAUUCAUCCUAACUGCAUAUCUUUGUCGCAUCACGGUAAACUAAGUUAUGGGAGGAAUCCGCUCCUAGCCCACGACAAUCGUUAUGCUACGCUAGGCACAAGAAACCCUGACCGAACCAUUCAGCCAAGAAGACACCACACCGCGGCUGAAAACGCCAAAACCCUUUAUUAAACAUUUACCCCUUCCAUUACUCAGAACCCCUUAUACCCAUGAGAAGUACCCCGACCGAUACGCAGUGCAGAACGGUUGGCGGAAAUGAACUCCGCAAAGUUGGAGUACGACCUUGAACUUUACAACGCCAUUAGCAGGGUCCGGGGGACGAUCAGAAUCAAUCGCCUGCUCCUUGGAGAUCCCCCUUGAAAUAGGUAAAAAAUUGCUCGACCUUUACUCCUUAUGAAUGAUAUAAUCGGCUCCUGAUGAUAGCCAUGAACACGAACCCAUAAGUAGACAUCACUUCUUCUUAUAACGAAUCCCCCAAUGAACUGAACCAGCCGGAAACUCAUAUUCAGGUUACGAAACCGAAGAUUAUAUAUACAAAACUCCAAGAGUCGGAUUUAGUUUCGCCAUAUCAGGGACGGGGAAGCUCCCUGGACAAUGCUACACCAGGAGAAAUCAUCACCUGCCUUGCGAAGGCUCCAGAUGCACCGCACAAUUUUCCUUAAACGUAAAAUGGGUUACUCAAGCGACAAGGCAAAACGACUCGGGGGAUAAACGACGAGGUGAAAGAAAAAACAAACAAACAACUGGACAGAAAAGAGGAAAACCAACCAUUCAUGACCCCAGGAGGAGGAGGAAAUCAAUCCCCACCCCCAACCCCCGCGUCCAAGAUCAUCAAGGGUGGAGUAAAUUGACCCCCUCCAUGGGUAAUAUUCGCGGGCGGACGUUAGUCGAAAGAAACCGCGGAGAAUAACGACGCAAAAUUUAUCAAAUAAACAAAAAGAUAGCAGAGAAAAGGGACACCAAAAAUCUCAAAGACUCUACCAAUUAAUUUCUGUAAUUGAUCCUGUCAAGAUUACAACGUCAAUGCACUAAAAAAAAAACGAAAAAGCAGUCGGAAAAUGCGCGAAAACACAAUAUUACACAGGGUAGAAACCUAACAAACGUGGCGCUAUUGGUGCGGGACGAACUGGAAAAAACGUGGCGCUGGCAUGGUGGGGUGACCAAGGCUAGGAUUUAAGAACAAAAUUAAGUGAAGCGAUCCGUGAAAGAACACUUGAGCCGGCCGUGAAGCCCCAUCGUGUCAGUACAGCAGGAUUGGUACUUCGCUGCCUCUAGCAACUUUGCAAAUGCGGCAUGGUGUUUACUGUUUGAUCUGGGUCAAAUUCAAGACUUCGUAACAUUUUGUCAAUUUUGUGUCAGGAAUGGUGUCCAUCUCCUCCCUGAUCAAAGUUCUUUGAUGGUCCUUGAGGAAUGAGUUCGACGGUACUCCGCCGAUUCCCGCUUUAUGAUCCGUGUAUGAAGACACCCCUGAUUUAUUAAAAUCGCUAUUUCUUGCUUGAAAGUCGAGAAAGAAUAGAUAGUUUUUUGACGCGGUGACUAUGUCAUUCACUCAUGGGAACCUGUAACAAACCUCCGGACAGUCCACUACCAUUUAUCGACAUUUAGACUGCAAAACAGUCCGUAUUUUUGCGUACUCAAGUAUGCGCGAGCAGUAAAACAAAAGGUCUGGAGCGAGGCUGAAAACAGUGAGCGAGACUGGGGAGAGACGCUUAAGAUACGGUUGUUUUUUCUCGCCUCGCCUCACACGCCUUACGGGCGUGUCAGGCUCGCACGCGUAAGACUCUUACCCCACACUUAAACUUUUUUUACUGAUUUUGAGAAAAAACCCGACUGUUUUUCAGUCUAACUACCAUUAAGUCUGUAAUGUCUGUCCACCUUGAUGUUGUUGACACGACUCAAACUUCACUUAUCCGUCUAUCGGCAACGAAUAAGCGACCUUAAGAGCCUAGCCUCUUCACAUGCCGAGCCCGUUUCUCGAAAAGUCCCGAUAACUUUUUGGGCUGAGAAAGCUGUUUCAUGUUUACCGUGUUUGCAUUCAAGAUCAAAGUUUCAAUAAUUUUGAAAAUGAUAAAAUGAAACUAUCAUUUAACGAGGCAAAAUUGACUGGUUUUUGAGCUAGGAACUUUGCUACCGAUUCAACUGGUUUUGAUUUCAUAAUUUUCCUUCAGACCUGAAAAGUUAUCGGGCCUUUCGAGAAACGGGCCCCAGCUGGCCCGGGUACUCGGACCAGUUUCGCCUAGGAUUCAUAUGAGAAAUUUCAGCACGGGUACGAGUUCUGGCGCGAAAUUCGAGAAACAAAGAAGACAUUGCGAAACACAAAAAUUAUAACUUUCGCCCCUAUCAUAGCUUUGGCAAUGCAACUCUUACAGCUGUAUCAUGCACUACAGUUAAAUGGGAUGCUUAUGAUGCGGAAAAUACAGCAGGCAAUGCAAGACGAUGCCAUUCGGGCCACCACAAUUCAUCCCACUUUCAUCCUGAUAACCGGGCUGAAGUUUUCAUAUGGCAAAAUUUCCAGCCCUCUUACCGAGAUCCCGGGUUGAAAAAACGCCAUCUCCUGCGUUUUCCGCAGAAAAUUUUGUGCAAUAAUUAGUUGUUUAUUUUACUGAUUUUACCCAUUUGUAGUGUUAUUGGUAAGGUCCAGUGUCAGGAAAAAAGGGUCGGAAACAGUGACGCCAUGAAGGAUGUUACAAGGGCGAGACGUGUACCCUUCAGAUGGGCAAACUCCGUUACAACUCCUGCUUGUAUGUUUUUUUCCUGCAGGUUUCAGCCGUACGCACGCGGGGCGUAUGCAUGUGCGUAUGGGCCAAGCUUUGUUAGAAAGCAUUCAGUAUGAUGGCUCACCUUGCGAAGAUACAUAGAGGGAAGCCCCGGGGGUUUUGUGCAAUCCAGAACAGUGGCUCAAUAAUUCUAUAUGGGUAGAAUUUGGGUGCCGAGCGCGAAAUUACUUGCCCACUCUUGAAGAAAAUUGGAUUUUCUGGCAUCAUAAUAAUUAUAGUUUGGCAACUUUUACAUAGAACACCAGGCCUGCAUGCAUGUGUCUCAAAUUUUGUGCAAUUUCAAAAUUGACCCAUGAAAAUUAAGCCUCAGCGAAAGUUGUUUUCCCCACACCCCGCCCGAGACGAAAUAAACGAUCGUUCCCUUACUUCCCCAGUCAAGAAGACAAGAGGUCACGUUUCACUCCAAGAGGGCGAGGCUUAAGUUAGAUCCACUUCAGUAAUUGCAUCUUUUACUUUUAAAUUCGUUUGAACAACAGAGUCGAAUCUGCGUGUCCAGUAUAUUUUUGCCCCCACAUCGGCGAAAUCCCGUGGAGAAGUACUCACAGUUGUAAUUGCCCCCGCAGGGAUUUCGCCCAAAAGGCGAAAUCCCGCGGAGGCACUCUAGUAACUCGCGCGUAUAUUAAGGAAAGUACCUACAGUUGAAAUAUACAGUCACGGUAUUCCAGAAAAAAUCUCGAUUUGCUUGAGUAGAGGCCGCGAGGACUCGGUAGGUAAUGAUGACGUUUCUAUUGUUCUCGCCCGCAAGUAUUAAAGAGAUGGUUUGGAUGACGUAAAACAGAAAAUCCACAAGGGACGCUUAGGUAGAUUUUGGGCGCUUUCCAUUUAGGAAAAGAACCCGGAAAUUUCGGUGGGAGCAAAAGUACAGUGGAAUUUCCGCUUGGUAAAAAGUUGUUCCAUUCGGUCGUAAACCCCGGUAAGUCGCGGUGCCCGACCGUGGUCCUGGAACUGGUACAAACUACGAGAAACGUAAAUGGAACACGACAUUCCGUUCGGAAAUUCCAACCGGGAAAACGGGCCCACCUUUUUAGAUUUUCCACUUUUUAUGGGAAUUUUCCAGUGGGACGAGCCGACGAAACGUUACCGCUGAACCGGAAAUUCCGGAAAUUUUGACUAAGGGAAAGCGCCCUUUGUGACAUUUAUUGUACAGUCAAACUUCGAUACUCUUCUGGGUUAUGUAGUGUUAUCAGUGACACUCGGUGGAGCAGCUGCUUUGAAAGUUAUGGACCAAAAGACACUCGUUAAGCGUCGGAUGAAGUUGUAAGGUGCGUAUAACUGUGUUUAUACAAACAAUUGGAGAGUUCCGGUCAGACACCACGAGUUCACAAAUCUUUGAUUGGAAACAAUUUGCCAGAUACUCUUUCUUUCUCUUUGGAGGAUUAAGACUCAGUAUGUCCUAAACAGGCAAGACGAGUGAAUCAACGGCUAGCUUAUCACUAGCAGAACGAUAGACGAUUACAGAUAUUCGCCGCCACUCAAUUUCCGUGCAAUCUCAACCCUGAGCUCUGCUGCGAAUGUAGAGGAGAGAGAUCGCAUUCCCAAACCCGUAGGCACUGGGGUCGAGAAUGAAUACCGUGCUGAUUUAUUCCCUGCUCACAGAUGUCCUUCUAUAAAAUUUGAAAAAAGACUAUAAAGAACGCGCAACGGUGAAUUGAUCAUACCUUUUAAUUUCUAGGGCUUACUUUCCGGCAAAUAAAAUGAAUUGUAUGUAAAAAGUGAAAGAGAAAUAGCGAAAAAUUCCAACUUCUAAUUUAAUAUUUUCUUAUGGUUGAGAAUAAGACAUUCUCGAAACUCAGAAUAUUUUCAGAUCUAAGCCGUGUAAGGGCCUGUUUACCUGAAGGUGGGGGACCCCAGAUAGGUGAGGUAACCCACUCAGGUGGGGUAAAAAAUAACCCUCCUUUAUAUGCAAUCUUACAACCCCAGUGCUAAAAUCGAACUGAAAAAGUGCAUGGAACCUCGCGUUUCCUGUUUUUAUCUCACCUAUUGUAUAUAAGAAUAUGUGUGAAGAUCUUCAUUAUGAAUAGGUAUAUUUCCAAAAGCUACACAAGUAACAAGAAUUCUAUUGACCGACAACAAACAGAGUACCAGUACCAGAGGCCCUUCUUCAAGCGAUGCAUUUGAAACCGCUAACAUGGAAACUGGCUGAUUUUGUUGGCAAAACCGCUGACAAGGCUCAUACUUUUUAUUUUGACUUCUUAUUGUAUGCCGUUAACAAUUUUGUUAUUCCAAGAGCGGGAAAGCAGCCAGUGGUCAUGGAGAGGGAAAAUUCUAAAGGCAGCGAAACAGCGCAAAAUAAACUGCAAGAUCAGAAUGCCGUAGCCACUCCACAACAGCUGAGAUCAAAUCCGUUCGAAGGUCGCACGACUCAUAUCGCCGAUGACUUAUGGACCUAUGUCUCGUUUCUAACUUUUGUAGCGGACGUUGUUACGGAUUUACUUGUAUGUGUUAAGUAUUACAAAGAGCGGAAUAUUUGGUGGUUUCUUCUUACGCUAAGCUUCACGUCUGUGGCUUCAAUUGCGGUGCAGUUGUUCUCGGCAAAAUGGCUUUUGGAAGAUAGUAAACGCCAGCCUUGCCUAACAUAUGUUUUGCAUGUAGUACACCUGGGACCAGUUUGGAGGUAAGGUUCGAGAGAUUGUUUAUCGUGGAAAAUUCAAAUUAGCAGCCACGUUUCUCAUUGUACGGGAGUUCAAAUGACCCAGAGACUAGACUUUGUCUCGCUGAACUUCUUUCAGCCGUUACUUCAUGUUUUAGCCUAAUAUCCUGUCCUUUCUUACGGUUUGAGAAUUUCCGGAUUCACUUUAAUAUCGAUCAAGUGAAUUUUCGCCCUGCUCUUAAUUACAGGCAGAGCGAUGAUCAAUGUAUCAAGGCAAUUAGCGCAUUCUUUACUUCUCUAAACCAUUACUAUACAAAGAAACUUAAUGAUCGGGUGACUUUGGAAAACCAACCCAGCUUUUUAAGUUAAGAAUUAAAUCUUGACUUCUUGUCGGCUUAGCACAUACCGCCUCGGGGAUGACAAUUUAACAGACACUUAUCAGCCUGAUAUAAAGCUCUUUUGGCGUAGGUUGAUAUGAAUAUCGUCAGCUGUAUCGUCCUGGCGAUUUUCCAUUUUGCUUUAUAAGCGAGAACUUUAAACCUUCCCAGCAAAUGCAAUUAAUAACUUGGAUCGUGUUUCUUUCCAAACAUUUCGUGUUUGAUCAUGUUAUUUAAAACUUUUAUAAAUGAUGCAAGUUUUUUCUCUCUCGCCAAUACUGUAUAAGCUUUUAAUAUUUGCACAAUGAGAUUGGUUUUCUAUGUCUUUGUUUGUCCAAAAUAAACUUCAUGGGAAUUCUAAAAUCACAUUCCCUCUGAUCAGUUCUUUUUUUCUUCUGACGGAAGGAAGAUAACUUUCCAUGAGCUAAUUUCAAUUUCUGUUGGCUAUAUUUUCCUCUAGCCUGUCUCUCACUGCGUUCAUUUAGUUCUUUCCCGACAUUUCGUUUGAUAGCCGGAUUGCCAAAAAUAUUUCGUCAACAAUUGUUUGCUCAUGUAGAAUUUUAUAUCAGGGCGAAAAUAAUGCAAUCGGCGAGUGAGUAAUUCUUCCAGAAACUUGUCUGUGAUAGUGCGGUAAUCUCUGUAGCGACAAAAGACCACCAGAAACCACGCGCUACAAUCCGCGAAUUAGUAUCUUUGCUACUUUUAAUAACGAACUCGGUUUGAGCUCCUUAAAUUAUGUCUGGCGACUUUUCUGGUUUCGUCUUUCAGAUUUUUACAUAAAAGUGAAUUCGUGAGAUGAAUAAGAAAGUGAAUGUUACAUCAAAGAUCGCCGUCGUCCGCUCACCGAAAGAUCACCAGUAUGUGUGCGCUCAGACUCACAUCUAAGAUUUUGAUCUUUUUCCUUAUCGCACGAAAACUUUCUACAGGAGGCCUGCAUACAUGAAUAUUCAUCUUUUCACAUUGCUGUUUUCCAUGGACGAUUUUAUACACGCAACGAAUUCUGUCAUCGCCUUUACAAAUGUACAAACGCUUUUUUAGCGUGAGAUGUAGAAACAAAUUCAUCACUCUUAUUCGAUUUAAGAAUUCGUGCGUGUCAGAAUGUGUUUAAAUUGCUCUCAUUUCACAUGAAUGCAAAUUCGCUUCGCAGCUGAAGUGUUGUUUGUGUUGCUUCCAUUUUUGCCUGCUUGUCCUUCUAUCUUUCUGAAUACUUUAAAACAGGAGCCGAUACCUAAGGCUAGAUGUUAUUGCACUCUAACGCUAAACGCUAAAGCAAGAUAGGCCCCUGGUAAACUUUGGUAGAACAUUUUUUAUGUUUUUUCUUUCGCAUGUUUUAUUAAAUAUAUUUAUUCAGCAAUACAAUAAAGCAAAGAAAAAACGUACAAUGGUUCAACAUAAUACAAGUGAAACUUUUUCAGAAAAAUUCAUAUCUAGGCGAUGCCAAAGUAUGCUCGUCUUCAGACUUAAUACCCGUUCUGAUAUCAAUUGUCUUUCCAACGGAUUGUGUAUCUUUAGCACAUAUCUUCGUCUACCUGGCUUCAGGCUAUUACCAUUGGCAAUGAUUAUUGUUAAGUAAGGGCUUUUGUAUUUCUUCGUUCGAGCGGCUAUGCUUUUAUUCCAUGCUGCGAAUCUAUCGGCUUUGGGUGAUUGAUUGAUCCAGCACAAAGUUAAAAUCGCUUUAUCUGAGCCUCAGCUUAAAUAUGGCCAGAUAUUAAUCUAAAUAUUGCACUUAAUCACCGCAAGGUUUGUUAGUUUGUAAUUGUUUUGGUUUCACUUAUAACCAAACAUUCACAGUGACGCCGUGUGUCGACAAAUGAACUUGCAGUCGUGCGUGAGAACUUGGUUCAACCCACCAUCAACUGGGAAAUAAUUGUCUGUAAUCAUUUCAGCUGUAAGAAGUGAAUAAAAAACAGCGAAUUGACGCGUUCUUUAUGUUACACAUGAAUAAUUUUCUUGCCUCAAAAACCUUUGUAGUGAGAAGUCGAUUUUGUGCUUCAAGACUUCACAUCCAUAUGAUUUUAAAAAUUUAUUGAAAAGUUGCCGAUCGUUAGUUUUUGUCACAAAAAGUAUCGUAGCUGAAAGUCCUUAAGUCCUUAUGCGUAUUUAAAAUGACCAAUCUUUUAGCUGGUUCUACAUGUGUCCAUAAUGGAAUUUGUUUGUUCGUGUUUAGCUUGAGAAUAUAAUAGUAGGGAGUCGUACAGGGCCAUUAUUCAGUUCAUUAAACCUUUUAUUUAGCGACACUUCAAUUAGACGUGAUCAGCUUUAAAAGAAUUAUUUUGAAAUCUAACUCUUUAUGAAAGCACAGCCAGCUAAAAAAUGGGCCCAUUGCUGUUAAGCCAUUCACAUGGAAAUAUGAAAAGCGAAGCUCUCGAUAAUAGUUAUAGUUUGCUCCAACAAAAUAUAUAAUCGUGUAACGGUCUGUGUAAGGGCCUGUUUACAUCAAGGUGGUGGACCCCAGGUAGGUAGGGUAACUCGCCUGGCCAUAUAAUCUCUCAUUUUAAUUUUAUCACGUUUACAUGUUAGGUGGGGUCACCCGCCGCAUGUUACCUCACCUAUCUGCGGUCCUCCACCUCUAUUCAGACAGGCCCUAAAACGCAGACUGCGAACUAUUGUUUUCACUAUGCAAAUGAGAACGUGACAACAAUAGUCACACUGUUUUCUAACCCUAAAAACAACAGUCCGCAGUUUGCACUUUACACUGCCCAAUCGUGCAAUGCUAAGCAGCGAAGGAAACGUGAACAGUGAAAAAAAACAAUAGGUCUUAUUAGCAAAAUAGCAACUUUGCAUGUGCAGCACACUUUUUUUGUACAUUUCUUUGCCGUUGUUUUACACGACUACUGUACAAGGUGAAACUUCCAGAAACUUCCUGGUUACACGUUUAAUUGAGGAAAUGUUGUACGUUUUCUUGUUCAUUAUUUUUCACUGCCGCUCAUUUUCACCUUAGUGGCCUCUAGAAUUUCUUAUUUUCCCACCGCCGCUACAAAAUUUUCAUGUUCUUCCAACAAAAAAAAUGUCUCCUUUAUCUUUUAUCUCUCGCUCUAGCUGUCUGUAGCUCUUUUUCUCAUUGAGCUUCGCUGGCCUGUCGCCUACUUUCUCUUUUUCUCUGUCUUUCUCUUUCUCUGUUCUCCAAAUUUUUGGAUAUGACAAUUAAUCUAAGCUUAACACUUUAGACAACACGGAUACAGAAACAAUUUCUGCUUUCCGUUUUCGUCUUUGUUGACUCUUUAGUUGUCUCUUCUUCACAAGACACGGGUGGCUAUGCGAUUUCCCGCCAAAAUAAUCUCAAGUUGCCAUACCUGUAUUUUGAUUUAGUUAUUUUACAUUGGUAUGCCUGUGGUGCGGACGGACGGUUGGGUGGGCGGGCGUACGGUCACGUGACUACCAAAAUUUCCCUGAUGCAUUGGUUACCAAAUUUUCUUACCAUGGUGCUCUGCUGCGCGCUUCGCGCGCACGAGAGCUCCGCUACAAAUACAGGCAUAGUUGGAGAGCAAACGCCGCAGUUUUAAAUGAGGCUCAUUUUUUUCUUGCCUCACUGAGUCUCAUAUUCUCCAGCAAGGCACCCAGUUACGCUUGAAUGGUUUUCAAUACAAAUCCUUGUAAAUUUCGAAAUUUUCAAAACUGUCAUGAAAUAUUUCGUUAAGCAUUACGGGGCUCAAAUCACCUUUUCAUAACAGGCUCUUUGAGCCCUUAAAUGAGUAAGGGAAAGAUUUAACAACAGUUUAAAAAUUUUAGAAUAGAGAGGAGAAGUGUGACGUCACGUAACUUUAACCAUGGAAACAAAAUUUCUGGAUUACAACAAUAGGGACAUCAUUUUCCCGCGCUUGGCGUCGGUUAUUGUUUAGCAUUUUUCAGUUCUAGGAAAUAUCCACAUCCCCCUCCAUCACGGAGAGUAACGGAAGUUCCGAGGGGAAGGGGGUCCAAAAGGAGGCAAUUUCCAAGGGGGGUGGUGCUUUAAGAGGUUUUUUUUCCUGGGGGUCUUAAUAAGAUUGGUGAGUUAUUUAGCAAUUAAUUAUUGAGGCUGAAGAGGGUAUGAAGAAUUAAGCAGAUCGAGUAGGGUGUUAUCUACCGAGGUCGAAGGCCGAGGUGGAUAACACCCUCCGAGAUGGAAGAUAUUUUUAUGGAUAUUUUUUUGAACUACACAUUAAGAUUUCAGCAGAUUUGGUCAUGAAUGACCACCAAGUGUUUUGAGUGGUUACAGUGAUAAACGUUUGUCUUGAUUUUAUGUUUGAAAAUAGGGAGCCAUCUUUUCUGAUCGGUAAAAUCAUGUUGUACCGGCCGUUUCUUUAACGAGCCGGUGCGAAAAAAAAUGGUACAUACAUGUACACUGAUGCCAAGGGCGGGAAAAUAAAUGAGGGGUAGCCAUUCACAACAGUCGUAGUCGUUCACAAAUCUGUCAGGCCCCAGUUUUUCAAAAACAGGAUGACGCUAUUCAUUGGAUAAACCUCUAUCCAGUGGAUAAUGUACUCGUUUUCCCUAAUACUUAUCCGCUGGAUAGCGCUAUCAAACGUUUGAACAAAACGCGCCAGGCGAACUCUAAACAAAUACUGGUACACGUACUUGAUGCCAAGCGCGUGAAAAUAAAUGAACGUGUGGGCCAAUCACAACAGUCGUAAUCGUUCGUGACCCAAUCGGGUGAACUUUAUUGUUACCGGUAAAUGUAGCCAACGCCAAGCGCGGGAAAAUAAGUGAGUGAGGAAGUAGGCCAAUCACAACAGUUGAGUUGGUCAUGAACCAGUCGGCUAAACUCUCUGAGAGUCCGCUGUAUUUGCAGGCUAAUUCUUACACGGUUGAAUAAUUACGGAAUCUAACAUAUCAGUCCGUGAUACUUAUUUUUUGUUUUAUUUUGUUUUAAAGGUACUGGAAAGUUAUCACGAGUGUCUGGAAAGCCCGUAAAAAGAACUCCAGCAUCCUGGAAUUCGCCACGUUUCUAGGAGAAUGGCGCGACAUCAGCAUGUUAAGACUUCUUCACUGUUUUUUGGAGUCUGCGCCUCAACUGGUUUUACAGCUCUACAUUUUACUGCAGCGUCGACCAUUUGACUUGAAAAAUGAUUUGCUCACUGCUGUCACCGCGGGAUGUUCUCUGGUCUCUAUGAUCUGGGCUAUUUUAGCUUAUAGUAAGUCUUUACGCGACUUUCGAAAGCAAGGCUACAAACUUUCACUUCAGGGCUUGUUCUUCCAAGUACUAUGGCGCGUCUCUAUGGUAACAUCACGCGUGGUUGCCAUAGUUCUUUUUGCCUCGUACUUCCAGCAAUGGGUUUUUGUUGCCGUGGGCGCACAUUGGCUUAUAAUGACUAUAUGGCUGAUCUGUCAGCGGACUCGUUUUUGUACCGAUGACGAAGGCAGAGAGCACCCUUGCCGCGAAAAACUGUUUUGCGCAGCGAUCGGGUUCAUGUACAUAUUUUGCUUUUUCAAUACUCGAGAAGGUAUGACUCGCAAACGCGUUGUCUUGUUCUAUUCAGUCAUGCUGGUUGAAAAUUCCCUUUUUGUUUCCAUGUGGUAUCCACAUAGAACUUUUCAAGGGUUAACCGCCUUCGUUGCUUUGGGGGUGGUGUGGGGAGGAUUGGCACUUGGUGUUCUUUGCGUGUUACUGUACUAUCGCUACUAUCAUCCCAGUUUACCAGUUCAAGGAAUCUGUCUUCAAAAGAGAACGUUUGAAUUCGAAGGUCAAAGAACCUACACUUGGGUUUGCUGUGGUUACUGCAACAUAAAGCAGUCUGGGGAAGACACCAUUGUAGGUGAAGGUUUGAUGAGAAACCUAAAUCAUAGUGGAAAUCACCAAGCAUGCGCACAGCCUUCUCUGGAACUAGAAAUUCUCCCUCGCAGUGCAUCACAGGAGAUUUUACAAGAAGCGUUGGGAAAUCACGUCUCUGGUCCAGACUCUUCUAUCCUCGUUCACAGUACACCUGCGCGCCCUGUGAGGCCGUCCAGCUCACACGCUAAGCAUCCGCUGGUCACAAGUGAAGUUCCACGAAUCACAGUGACUACUGCCACCCCCGAGGUAAUGAGCCCUGUUUCAAACUCAUCUGUGGUUACAUUAAACGAGGUUGACGUGGAAGCUCUUGACGAAGUCGAUCAGCGCUCAGUAAAAACAUCGAAGAACAAACCCGAUAGAGUUUCGGACAGCGAUAAUGAGAAGGUAACUGUUACUGCAGCGAGCGACUUAGCAACUGUUAGUCAUCAACGUGUAAAAGAAGAGAGGAAGUCUGUAACACCGCGCCGGGGCAUAGAUUUUAAAAGUGAACCGAGCCUUUCCUCGCCAAAAAGCCCUACUUCGAGAGAGAUUAUCAGCUGGUUUCACCCAGACCAACAAGCUUACGGGUCAGACUCUGUAGAUGAAUGCGAAGAGAGACUUGCAAAAAUCAAUUUCGGAUCGUUAAGUUUUGGUAAUCGAUACAGUCUCGUUUCUUCCGACUGUCUCUCUUUGUCCUCAGAGAGCUCACAAAGCUCAGUAGACAGUAUAAUGUUUGCCGAUGAAGGACCAGGAUGUUCCGGCGUUCAAGUUAACAAAAGAUUGUCUGGGGAAUUAACUCCAAGGGCGGAUGAGGGAAUUUUUUCAGAUGAGAGAGAUUCACCCAUGAAAGGGAGUGUUAGUACUUCUGAGGAUCCAGAUGUGAUUUCUGCAGCUUCUACUCCUCAGAGAUCUAACGUUAACGCGCAAUUUCCUGUCUUGGACAAAAGUCACCAGCGAGAUGCAUUACAACAGGUUUCUAAAGAGUCGCCAGAGAAAUGUAGGGUGAUGUCCCCAGUACGUGAAGAAGGCUAUGAGUUGAUAGAAUUGUUGAUGGACGCGCCAUCUACUCCAUCUUCCAGCUUGAAACGAAGGGCUAGAAAAGUUACCAACAGUGUGUCAUCUGAAGAGACGAUGGAAAAUGAGAUUUGCAAGGAAGAAGAUAGACUUGUCCGAGAGGAGUCUGUGUCCGAGCUAGAGGACGGACACGAGAGCGAGUCCACUGACGUAAGCAGCGACAGCAGUCAUUGGAGAACACUGCAUCAUUCAUAUGACGAAAUAGAGCCUGGAGCGAGUGGAUUCCAGUCUUCUCCGGACACGGCUGAGACCAAUAAGAGACACACAUUCGACUUUUCACAGUUGUCAAAGAGCCCGCGGUCACCAAGACGACGUAGAAGAGACCGCAAAUAUCGACGAUCAAAAAGAAAAGAGUUCGAUAACUUUGUUGUCACCACCCUGAGACCAGGAAAGUACGGUUCUCUUCGACGGUCGAUAGAUCGGAUGGCAAAGAUACAAGAAGAUGCAGAGGAGACGUUUUUACUGAAUACUGAGGCAGCUUUAAAUGCUUAUAUUCCGGAAGAUGAAGAUCUUUCGUCUCCUAAUAUGGACAUUCCCUCAAGUGAGACUCAAGAGAGAAAAGAAAAAUGCAUUUUAAAACGCUUAGAAUCAAACCCUAGUACAGAAAGCUCUCAUACGAAUGAAGGUAAUUCCGAAGAAAAAAGUGCCGUUUCUGCACGGGAAAACUACAUGAGGCGAAAACGCCUGAAAAGAUUUCUUUCGAAAGAACUUGCUCCGGGCAGAUUUUCAUCGGUAAGACUUUCGUCGGAGGGUUGUCCAUCCGAUGAGGACUUUUCACUUUUUCACAAUGACGAUGAAUUUGGAAAGAAUCGUCACAUUUUGUCAGCAGACAACUUGCCCCAUCGACAUUUGAACGGUGAACGUGGCGGAAUAAAGAGUGACGGGAUGAGGAGAAGGGAUUUUAGCGACAAAACAAACAGUCUUCCUACUGUUAUUCAUUCUGGCAACAAACCACGCCCCCAGGAACGUUUCAGUCCUAAAAGUAAUUUUCAAAAUGCUAUUCUCUAUACGAACACAGAAAGCAAAACGGCUGACCGAGGAGAGUUAGUGUUUGAUCCUGUUCCAAACAAAAGGCACAGUUGUGACUUCACUUUCAAUUCCGUUUAUCAUAUAGAAACAAAGGAGCGGUUAUUUGGUACGGAUAAUGACGAAAAGCUGUCAGCGGUUGAUCGUCAGCAUCGUAGGACGCAAUCUGAAGUUCUGAUUGGCACAGCUGGUAGCAGUAUACACGUGUAA